AAUUGUGGUUACAAAUACAAGAGAAUCGGAGAGGACAAGAAUCAUCCAACAUUACACAAACAGCUUCUUCUUCUCCCAAGGCAAAACCUAACAGAGUAACAAAAAAUGGAGAUGGUGACGAGUUUUGUAUAUCCACCGCCUCCGUCGAUACUGCUCAACACCAUGAGCGUCGUUGGUUUAGUCUCUCUGGCGAAGGUCGGUUGGUCGGAAGUAAGAGGAAUUCAUCUCAAAUACUCCAAAUUCAACAACAACAAAGCAUCUUCUUCACCAUCAUCAUCACCACAACAGCCGCAGAAACCUCCUCUCGGCAGCUUCUCCAGCCGAACCGGAAUGCUUCUGCUAUACACACCUGCCUUCCUAGCCGCGGCUGCUUCUUUCUUCCUCGUACCUUCUGAUGAUCUCAGGUUUCUUCUCCUCAAAUCCGCACUUGCCCUCCAUUUCUUCAAAAGGAUCUUCGAGGUUAUGUUCAUUCACAAGUACAGCGGAGAGAUGGCGAUAGAGUCAGCUCUCACCAUAACCAGCAGCUACUUCUCAUCCACGGCGUUGCUGCUAUACAGCCAGAACUUCACGCUUGGACUAACCGAGCCAGCUUUCGAUCUGAAACCCCUCGGGAUUGUGAUGUUUGUGGUGGGGAUCGUUGGGAACCUGUAUCACCAUGUUUUGCUAGCUAAGCUGAGGAGUGAAGAUGGGACUAAAGAGUACAAGAUACCCAAAGGCGGUCUCUUCGACACGAUCAUAUGUCCUCACUAUUUGUUCGAGAUCCUUGUGUUUUGGAGCUUCUUUAUGGUUUCUCAGACCAUUUACUCGUUUUCUUUCGCCAUGGGAACCACUUUCUAUCUCGUUGGUCGGAGCUAUGCUACGAGGAGUUGGUAUCUUUCUAAGUUCGAUGACUUCCCUAAGCACAUCAAGGCUCUGAUUCCCUUUGUGUUCUAGUGAGAUUAUCUGUGCUGCCAAAUGUUUUUUUUUUCUUUUUCUUUCACUUAGAAUUGUGGAAGCCUGAUUUCAUAUCACUAAUAAUGUUUGUGAGGAUUAUUUGCUUAUUUAUAAUCACAUUUAUUUGAAAAACUUUAUACAAUCUACAUGAAUUUAUAGAUUUAAAAUA